CGCCCGGGUCGGUUCCAGCCCCUUCCGUCGUCCGGGCCCCGCCGCUGUCCUCCGCCGGCCCGCGAGGGAGGACGAUGGGUCAGCGCGGAAAAAGUGAAUGAGGGCGGCGGCGGCGGCUGCGAGCGCCUGACUCGCGGGGCCGGAGCGCCGCCCGCGCCCCACGCCCGCCGGCUCCAUGGACGCGCCGCGCGCCUCGGCGGCCAAGCCCCCCACCGGGAGGAAGAUGAAGGCUCGCGCUCCCCCGCCUCCAGGGAAGCCCGCCACCCCCAACAUGCACAGCAGACAGAGUCCUCCCCAUGACGCAUCCCCCAGGCCCCCGCAGAACCUGCUCAGCAGGAAGGAGACGCUGGACAGUGGGGUGGUGGCCAUCACAGUGGUGCUGCCCAGUGGGCUGGAGAAGAGGAGUGUGGUCAACGGGAGCCACGCAAUGAUGGACCUACUGGUUGAACUUUGCCUUCAGAACCACCUGAAUCCGUCCAACCACGCCCUGGAGAUCCGGUCUUCAGAAACCCAACAGCCUUUGAAUUUCAAGCCAAAUACUUUGGUUGGGACCCUGAAUGUGCACACGGUAUUUCUGAAAGAAAAAGUUCCCGAAGCGAAGGUUAAGGCUGGCCCCUCCAAGAUGCCUGAGAAGACGGUGCGCCUGGUGGUGAACUACCUGCGCACGCAGAAGGCGGUGGUGCGCGUGAGCCCCGAGGUACCCCUGCAAAGCAUCCUCCCGGUCAUCUGCGCCAAGUGCGAAGUCAGCCCGGAGCACGUGGUGCUCCUCAGGGACAACGUGGCUGGCGAGGAGUUAGAGCUCUCCAAGUCCCUGAACGAGCUGGGGAUAAAGGAGCUCUACGCCUGGGACAACAAGAGAGUUCUUCUGACCAAAACGCAGUCGGAGCCUUCCCUGAGCUGCCGAGAAACCUUUAGAAAAUCAUCACUUGGCAACGAUGAGACAGAUAAAGAGAAGAAAAAAUUUCUGGGAUUUUUCAAAGUUAAUAAAAGAAGCAAUAGUAAGGCUGAGCCGCUCGGGCAGCCGGGGGUGGACAGCGAUGAGGACGUCUCCAGGUCCACACUGGGAAGGGGCUCGAACGGCUGCUUGACAACCCCGAACUCCCCGUCCGUGAAUCUGCGUUCCGCUACACUGGGUCCAUCCCUCUCGCUCGGCAACAUCUCAGGGGUGUCGGUCAAGUCAGACUUGAAGAAGCGCCGAGCGCCCCCUCCUCCGUCCCUGCCCCGCGCAGAGCCACCUGUGCAAGACAAGACAUUGGAAAAGGUGUCUCUGGGGUCACAGAUUGACUUACAGAAGAAGAAGAGGCGGGCGCCGGCUCCCCCUCCUCCACAGCCCCCACCACCCAGCCCGCUGGUGCCGCCCCGCACGGAAGACAGGGAGGAGGACAGGAAGGGCAGAACGGGUGCCGGACGGCAGGUGCCACAAAAGCCUCCCAGAGGCACGGCGCGGGCCCCCCCGCAGUUAGUGCUGCCCCCACCCCCGCCCUACCCUCCUCCUGACACAGCCGUGGCGGAGCCUCUCAGCUUUCCCGGGGAAGGCGCCGCUCCCGAGCCCUCCGACCUGAGACCCACACUGAGCCUGCCCCUGGGGCCCAGCGGUCCCUGCAGGGUGGACGGGGUCCUGCCACUGCCGUCGGAGGCCGAGGAGACCGUGUCUGUAGGCAGCUGCUUCGCCUCGGAGGACACAACCGAGGACUCGGGAGUCAUGAGCUCCCCCUCGGACAUCGUGUCCCUGGAUUCUCAACACGACAGCACCAAAUCCAAAGACAAGUGGGCCACAGACCAGGAAGACUGCAGUGACCAGGACCUGGCUGGGACCCCGGAACUGGGCCCCCAGAAGAGCUCCUCGUGGGAGAGGGGCAGCCCUGGGAACUGGCACCCAAGAAACGGAGAAGCUGCUCCAACCUCACAUGAGGAUGAAGACCUGUUCACGACUGGCCAGUUCCAGAGAACCCUUGCAGAGCUGGACGAAGAGCUGGAAGAAAUGGAGGAAGAAAGCUAUGAAACUGACACGAGCUCCCUCACCAACUCCGUAUACAGUAUGUCAGGUCACCGCCCGAGAGACGCCGUCAUCCCCAAUGGAGAUUCUGAAGCAAUUCCAGUGACGUUCAUAGGGGAGGUUCUCGAUGAUCCUGGGGACUCGGGGGUGUUUUCCAAUAGGAACAACAAUGCCGGCUCUUUCGACACAGGGAGCACGGCCAGCAGGAAGGCCCAGCCGCCGCCGUGCCAGGCACAGCACAGCCAGCAGCACGGGCAGAGCAGGGCGGUGGGGCCUGGCCCUCCCUCUCCUUCCCAGGACCCCGGGAGAGAGGUCGGAUUGGCCCCGACCAACAACUGGAAGGAUGUGAAUCCCAGCACAAUGGAGCCCAAGACCACCUCUGCUUCAGCGCUUCACGCACACGACCUGAAGGCAAAGGAGGAAGGCAAGGCGCCCGGCUCUGCUCCAGGCGGGAGGACCCUGGCCACCGGGAGGGUGAGCACGCAGCCCCCGAAGGCAAAGGAAGGCGCCGAUACAAACGAUGUCACGACACCACUUCCAUGGUAUCAGCGAGGCCAGCACCCAGGGGGGAGUUACAGGCUCAAAUCUGGCCUCACAACGUAUAAGAUCGUCCCUCCAAAGUCAGAGAUGAAAUGUUACGACCGGGGAGCGUCCCUCUCCACGGGCGCCAUCGCGAUCGACGAGCUGGGGAACCUGGUGAGCCUCCAGGCCAGUGCCGGCAGGACCAUCAUCCCGGCGGUGCCCACUCCGGAAGCAGAAACCCCACCCAUUGGAAAAGUCAAAGAAUUCUGGAGGUCCAACUCUAUAGACAAACACUCUGGCUGGCCCACAGAGGGGGCCAAGAGGACCCACAUCCCCACCACGCCUGGGAAUCCCCAACCUCAAGAGAGCAGACUCAGAGCCGAGCCCACCGCCCCAGACCCCAAAGUGACAUUGCCCCGGCCCCAGUCCACCCACCCAGAAGAUGGGGGGCCCCUGGAGGAUGGCAGAAACUGGCCACGCCCGGCAGCCACUUGUCCCCUGAAAGUGCCAGCAGCUAACACCGCAGACGUCCCGUUUCUCAAACCUCAGAGAAGAACAUCCAGCCAGUACGUGGCUUCUGCCAUUGCCAAGCGGAUAGGGACUCCGAAAGUCCACACCGAUGUGGUGAGGAAGCCUGAGAAGGCCCAGAGGGCAUGUGAAGGCAGAGAGCCAGAGCCAGCUGGACCACCUCCCAUGAUGAAGGACGGUACCACCCCCAGCCCGAACCGGGAGAUGUGCGUGCAUCACAAUGGAGAGGAAUUGGCAGCAGGAGCCCAUCCUGGAGGGAAAGUCGGCAGCCCUUAUGGGAAGCUGUCUACUCAAGACUGUCCUGCGGGCAUCCACAGAAGUUCCCAUGGCCCACUAGUCACAGCUGCCCAGAGGGGUCAGGCUUCUGUGGGACAGAGCUGUGGUCUCAGUGGAAGGCAAAGCGCAAGGAACCACAGGACCAGCUCAGCAUCUGACCCCAGGUGCAAGCCGACCAGCACGAGUCCCCCAGCCCCGCGCUCAGGAGAUGAUCAGACUCCCGGCAGCACCCUGGUGAAUGGCUGCAGGUGGGUCCCCAUCCACAGCGAGCCUCCUCACUCUCCAAGAGUAUCUGAUACAAAUAGCCACACUGGACGGGCGCCCCCAGAACAGGAGGAAAAGCCCGGUCUGUUAAGCACAGAUGUACAUGAAGCCUAUGGUACAUUGCCAGCCAGCAUCUUUGGGCCAAAGAAGAAAUUCAGACCUGUGGUCCAGAGGCCGGCCCCAAAAGAAACAUCCCUGCACAGCGCCCUGAUGGAGGCCAUCCACUCUGCAGGAGGGAAAGACAGGCUUCGCAAGACUCCAGAACCCGGCUCAGAGAGAGGGCCAAAGAAACCGUCCUACAGGGAGGCGGAGAGCGAGCGCUCAGCCCUGCUGGCGGCCAUCCGUGGGCACAGCGGCACCUGCAGCCUGCGGAAGGUGACAUCCUCCGCCUCUGAGGAGCUCCAGAGCCUCCGCCACGCCGCACUGUCUGCACAUGGAGCGGAACCCCAGGGGUUAGGAGACCACGCGGUCCAGGCCCCAACCGCCCUGCCGCCCCCGCCCCCGCCCCCUCCUCCUCCUCCUCCGGUGGCCCAGGCUCCCACCUCAUCCCGGACGGCGGCGAGGUCCAGCUUGGGCCCCUUCACCAACCCGGCGGAUGCCAGGCAGGCCUUGAUGGAUGCCAUCCGCUCCGGCACAGGUGCUGCGAGGUUGAGAAAGGUGCCCUUGCUCGUGUGAAUCAGCGACAAGAUGCAAUCAUGGCUGAAAGCCCCCCGCAGGAUGCUCACCGCUCACGAGAGCUGUGCAGCAGGGGCGUCGGGAUUUGGCAGCCUCCCUGUCUCCAGGCCAAAACUCGCCUCGUUGACUUUCAGUCCACGUCAUGGUUCAAAGGGACGGGGAUGCUGCUCUGUGCCAAGGAAAUGUGUUUGCCUCUGAAUAUUUAAAGUUGCCAAUAAACUGUUCUUGUUGGCAGGAUAAUGGAACUGUAAACGCUGGAGACCAACACACUUAAUUAUAUUGAUGGACAAAGUGGAAAGAAUCAUGCCUUAGACUGAUUUUGGACCUUUGAGACUUUUACACAUGUAGAUGGUUAAAACCAUUUAGUUGUUGAAAAUCUUUUUGAAUCCUAGGGAAAAUAUAUAAAUCAUUUGAAACAAUCUGAAUGUCAUGAAUGUAAGAAAAAGGGGUUGGGAGGCUUUUUCAGAGGUGACUUCACUGAGUAUUGAAAGUAUUGAAUGCUCAAAAUUUGGAGUGUAAACCUCAUGGAGGGUUGCAGACCAUGAACUGACCAACUUAAGCUAUUAAAGAUCAACCACAAUCAGCCAGAGUAACAGUCAAAUGUGAUGUAUGGACAGGGCAGGUCUGAGUUCUCCUGAGGUGUCAGUGGCUGAGAUCAGAAGGACUUUGGAGUGGACGGCAGUGCCCACCUGGACUGCUGUCCCCCAGCGGGCUGUGAUGUUGAGCAGGCCUCUGCCAUGGAGGGCUGAGCACAGAGCCCGGAGGCUGCCCUGGGAGCCUUAGAAACCCUUCGUGGGGCAGGACCGUGGAUGCUGGGUGUCCGGAUCAGAUCAGAAUUGUGCUGAAGUUUCACAAUGUGGGUUUGAUCUCCAUGCUCUGCCCAGCAGGUAAGUGGCUCCCCAUCACAUGGCAGCCUUUCCAUAGUGCACGGGACCCAGUCUCUGGUAUUUAUCAUAGAGGUCAACUACAGCUGUAGGAAAAGCUCGUUAAGAGAUUAAUAGAAAUCAAGAGGAAUUCCUGAAAUAAAAUUUGUCUUAAUGAAGCAACAAAUAUGACGAGAUCAUUUGAACGUUUCACAGCGAUUACAGAUCCGGGCGUCACAUAGGAUGGAAACUGCUCUGCGCUGUCUGACGAACACCGCUCACCUUCCCCGGGCGGCCUGGGCAUCUGGCCAAUCGCUCUUACACCAUACUGUCUCCACUGUUGGUCUUUUAGUGCCACAAAUAAAAGAAAAUGA